UCUCCCUGACAUGGUGUACCCAGCCAGGCUUCUCCACUCUGUUUUCCCUCACAAGUCUGUUCUUGAAGGGGAGACCAGCCAUCAUUUAUUACCUUCUUUUUUUCUUAGUUUUUAUUGGAUAUUCCUACUCUUUUUUUCCCCUCUGUCGGCAUCUCCUUCUCUGAAUUGUUGACGGGUACAUUUCGGAGGCAAAUGGAAAGCUGGCUUUCCUUUGGCAUGAAGUGGAGAUGAGAAAGGUCACAUUGUGCCACCUUCUACCCUCUGGGAAAUACGUGAGAAAUUAAAAGAUUAUUUGACGAGAUGAUGGCGAGUGGAGAUGAUGACCUGAUAGGGAUCCCUUUUCCCAACCACAGCAGUGAGGUGCUCUGCAGUCUGAAUGAGCAACGCCGCGAUGGGCUGCUUUGCGAUGUAGUGCUCAUUGUCCGCGACCAGGAGUAUCGUACCCACCGUUCUGUCCUGGCUGCUUGCAGUCAGUACUUCAAGAAACUUUUCACAGUGGGAGUUGACGGUGAGGUGCACAGCGUCUACGAAAUUGACUUUGUCGCCCCAGAGUCUUUGGCUGCCAUCUUGGAGUUUGCCUACACCUCCACUCUCACCAUCACUGCCUCCAACGUGAAAGACAUCCUCAGCGCAGCCCAGAUGCUGGAGAUCCCAUGCAUCAUUAAUGUGUGCCUUGAGAUCAUGGAGACAGGUGGAGAAGAGGAACCAGAAGAAGAAGACGAAGAAGAAGACGAUGGAGAAGACGAAGAAGCAAAGGGGGAAGAACACAAAGAACAAGGAGAUGAAGACAUUGACAACACAAUAGAGGUGUCAGAGAUUCAGGAAAAAGUAGUGAACAAAAGGAUUCAGGAAUCUCCUCCAAGGACCUUGCAGCAAGAAGGCCUCUCCUUUCUGCAGAGACAGAAAAACUCUGAAAGCACAGAGCUGCUUAUGGAGAAACCCAGAGACUCUGAGAGCUUAGAAAGCAGAGCAUUGAGAGACUUUUCCAUUGAGUCCUUGUUGCAGGAAGGGCUGUAUCCAAAGAUGUCUGCCACUGACCAAAGGCAGAGUUUUUCCCCACUCCUACCUGGAUUUUUUCCUCCAAUAUGGGCAGCAGAUUUCCCAGGGUUUCCUCAGAUCUUAGACCACCACCCUACUCCUCAUCCCUUUCUCCAAGAGGUGGAUAACAGCCCACUGGAUUUGGUGGUCAAGAAGGAAGCAAUUAAAGAGGAGCUGAAGGAGGAGAUACCUGCUGGUCUCUUCUCUGGUGACUUCUUGAAGGACCUCAUGAGCACAAGCAUGGGCAUGGCGGCUGAUGCCCAUCUGGGGUCUAUUAAGGAGGAGAGGGACUUCAACUCUUACCUGAGCUUCCUCAGUGCCUCCCACCUGGGGAGUCUCUUCCCACCAUGGCAACUGGAGGAGGAGAGGAAAAUGAAGCCAAAGGCUUCCCAGCAGUGUCCCAUCUGCCACAAGGUCAUCCAGGGAGCAGGCAAGCUGCCUCGUCACAUGAGGACCCACACUGGAGAGAAACCAUAUAUGUGCACUAUCUGUGAGGUCCGCUUCACCAGACAGGACAAGCUCAAGAUCCACAUGCGGAAGCACACAGGAGAGCGCCCAUAUAUCUGUCUCCACUGCAACUCCAAAUUUGUGCACAAUUACGACCUGAAGAACCACCUUCGCAUCCACACAGGCGUGCGGCCCUACCAGUGCGAGCACUGCUACAAAAGCUUCACGCGCUCCGACCACCUGCAUCGCCACAUCAAGAGGCAGAGCUGUCGCACCUCCCGGCCACGCCGGGGCCGAAAACCUGCAGCCUGGCGCUCCUCCAAUCUCCUCUACCCUCCCACCGCUCACCAUGACGACAAGGGGCUCUCCAUGGGCGGCAGGCUCCUGGCUCCUGGUCUCAGUGUUCCAGGAGCCGGCUUCCUGGAGCGACGCCAUCUCGGUGGAAGGAAUUUGAACGUGGAAGACUUGGACAACAACAGCACAGAAAGUUUGGAGGCCAAGCUGUCAGACAGAAACCCUGUAGGGGACAGGGAGAGAAACAGGGGGGUGUUCGCUUUCGCUUUGGCCCGUGAUGACGGGCUUCCCCAUCGGUCAUUCUAUUCAAACAACUCUGACCCCUGGGGAAUGAGAUUGGACCACAUUGCUCCCAUUCCAGAGGCCAGAAACUAAUGAUAUUCCUAUGGACAAAUGGAUAUCCCAUAAUCCUUCAGGACAUUUAUGCCAGAGAGGUUUCAUCAGAGACACAGCUGUGUUUUUUUUUCUCAGUCUUCAAAAUAUGGAAUCAAUUCAUUUCUAUUUGCUUGUUUCAAAUUUUGGAAACAAUAGAAUCUUUUUGCAAUACUAUAUGAUUUACAUUGGAUAGAACAGAUCCUGAAUAAAUCCUGUUUAUCCCUUUAUGAUUAUGUUAAGCUGGAGUUCAGAAGAGUUCCUUCAUAUUAUUUUCUAGAGGGUAUUUACAAAUCCACCAACUUUAUAGUCUAUUGGUCAUUAUUACUGUCAGAAUUACUGUAUUUCAUAUCAAUGUUUCAAUGUAUUUAAACAAAAACUUUGAGAACUUUUAACAUUAGAGAACUUGAUUGAAAUAUAUAUCUCUUAGUUCAUGAAUCAUUUGAGUCAAACUUCUUCUAGCCCACCCUCAAUGGAACUACUUGCUGGUGCAAAUUCAUUGUAAAAUUUAAGAACAAAUAAAUUUGUGUUAUAUGAGACUGGACUUUAAGCACAGGUAUAACUUUAUGUCAAAGGUAAUGCAAAUCUGUAUGGUUUCUUUAAGUACAUGUUGUGCAUAUAUUCCACAGGAGGUGCAAUGCAUCAUUUAAUUAAAUUUCUUGUUCUUGAUAAGCUCACUUCAAUUGAUUGUGACCUGCAACAUCUCAGAUAGAGUUAGAAAGCAGCAAAAGAGACUCAGAUGUUGUAAAAUUAUGAAGUUUUUUACAGUGAUGCUGAAUGACAUUUUACAAAUUCAUGGAUAUAUGACAUUGGCUGAUGCUAAUGCUGUUAGACUUUUUUCCUUAACAGUGUCUAAUUUGACAGAAGUCUCCAUGUAAUGGAAAAUAAGAAAAAUAAUAAUAACAAAUAACAAAACCAAAUAGCGGACCUCAUUAAUUUAACAAAUUUUCAUAAAUCAUAGAUUCUUAAGCCUUGUAACUUUCUGUGUAAUUAAGAUGGAUUUCAUUUGCAUCUCAGAAAGAAACCUUGCCCUAAAUACAGGUUUACCAAACUCAUGUUUACCAAAUGAUGUCAAAAUGAGAGAAGGUUAAGAAGGUUAUACAGGAUAAUGGGUAUUCAUAGCUACUGUUGUAAGUCUCAGUGCUAGCAAGACAAGAUGCUGUAGUUCAAAAGGUUAAAAGUCUUGUUAAUGGACAUUCUUUUUUGUUGAAUAUGAUGAAUUUAGCUUUCAGCCUGUUUGUCACACUUGUAAUAUAUGUAUUGUAAAGGACUAAAAAAUUAUGACAUUUUCUUCUGGGGAUUUUGUUAAUCUUUUUAUAAAGAAAACCUUUUAAUGAUGUACAAAGCUGAAUCCUUCAGAAAAAGAGUACAACUUUGUUUUUAGCAACACUUUUAGCUUUUGCUUUUAUUGGUAUCAUUAAAGAAUAUGUAUACCUAAUAAAUGUCUCUAAAAAUUGGAUGAAAUCUCUAUACAUACAGGUUAUACAUACUUAGAUUUAUCCACCCUCUUAUAUUUCACAGACAUGCUAGUAAGUAGAUGUUGGUAAAGCAUUCUAUUAAGACUUUCACAUUUAACUAAGUACAAUUUCCCCAUUUCAAUUACAUAUACCAAUUUCUGGAUGUAGAGGUCAAAUUCUAAAUAACACAUUGAGACAACAAAUAUAAAGGGAUAGAAUACUUAAUACUUUAGUGUUUGGUAUUGACUCACCUGAUUAAGGAAUUAACAGCCCUGCCCAUAAAGUCAAGGCUGCCUAAUCCCCUCUCAUUUUGGAGGAAUGAACCGGAGAGGCAGCUGUAUGUGUGAAGAUGAGUGGAGGGAGAAGCACAUAAAAAGGUGCAGGUUUUAUUACUGUAUAGAAGAGGGUAAUGUGAGAUUGCAAUUUAACCUCCUCCUGAACUUCUGUAUAACAACUCUGUAUUUUAAAAUAGGGUACAAAUAAAGAAGAUAGCAAUAGGUUAUGUACUGGAAAACAAGAAACACUGUAAUAGUGUUAGUUCUAAAUGAUAAUAAACACUUAUGUGUGGGUUGCAUCUUUUUAUAUUAAAACCUGGAGCAUACUAAAGCCCCUCGAGUUUGCCAGCAGACAGCAGUUCAUUUUUAUAUAAACCACAUACCAAUCAGAUAUGAUUUAUCAUGCAGUGACAAACUGCAUUUGGGUGUUAUCAGCCAGUUCAAAAUAUCACUGGGCAAAUUAUCUUUUUCCCCUCUGAUAUCCUAUUGCUAGAAUACUUAUUUUAUUGUGAUGCUUUUAUUUAUAUAUAUAUAUAUUCACUUAUAUAUUAAAAAAAUAUAAAAAUAAAAUCUGAAAUGCACAGUAAAAUACUGGAUGUGCAGUUUGAAACUCCUCAACAAACUAAGUAUAACCAAGACCUUUACUCCAACCCUUUAGAAUUCUAACCCAACUGCAGUUGAGAGAAUUGUUGCUUUCGCUAUGCAUUCUGAAAAUCAAAAUAGAAGUACACAUCAGUUUUGCACCAUGUGUCAUUGAGAAGCCAUCCUACUGUAGUUUUACAUUAAGCUCACAGUUCUCAAAGUUUCCAAUAGUAGCACUACCUCCUGUAUUCAUUUGCUACUUUAUUGUAAAGUAAGGAAAUGUAGUCAGAAAAAAAAUAAAUCUGAGAAAGGGUAAAAUUAGUACGAGAGUUAAAUGAGCAGGUAGAAGGAUUAUAUCAGUUAAAAUUCACAUUUGGGAAGUUUCAUUUUGGUGUAUAACCUUCUUAAGAACAUUUCAAUGCAGUUCAGUCAAUGGAUGACAAAAAUGUAAUCCUCCCACAAUGGAUAAUACAAACCCAACAAAACAAGUAGCUACUGGAGACUGGGUGAAAGUAAUUAAAAUGCUGAGGGGGCUAGCAAUGUCUAAAUCCAAACACUAACUCAUAAAAAAAAAAACAGCAGCACAAAGGCUUCUGGAAUUAAAUGAUAUCAUGCAGAAAUUGAUUCAGGGUGGAAAUUUUAAUUCAUGCCCCGGAAGCAGGCAGUUUAACAUACAAAACUGUUUUCAUUAAACUGGAAUUAUUUGUAUUGUAUAUUUUAUCCUGCAGCAAAACAUUUUAUUUCUGUUGAAGGAAAAAAAUAUGGAGUUCUGGAGCAGGUAAAUUACAAAAGUGUGCUGGUCAUUUAGUAGUUUUAUAAGGGUGCAUAUUGAUAAUUUAUCCUAUUUGCACAAAUAUGUACAGUAAUGUGAAAAUAUUUAAUGAUGAUGUCUUUUUCAUGAAUGGAAUAGUUCCCCUUUUUAUAACAGCAAAUCAUCCAAAGAUGUUGAAAUUUGUAAAUUAAAUUAAACAGGUUUUUUCUGCUUUUUGGGAGCAGAUUUGGAAUUUAUUUUUUUCUAUUUAUGUGUAUUUUAAGGUGUUUUAAAGCAGUCAUUGCUUUUGAUUUUGAAUGACUGAAAAUUUUGCCUUAGUAACAAAUGAGAAAAGAAAAAAGGGGAUUUAUGGACCUUUAAUUACAUAUAAUAUUCUUUUUAUUGUGUUAUCGAUGUGCAUUUGGAUUAAGAUGACAGAAUUUUCUAGCUAUUUAUGCAUAUUUAAAUUUGCCUUGACUAUAUUUUAUUAAGAGAUUUUAUAAAGUCUUUCCCAAACACUAGAAAGUUGUAUUCUUAUGAGUCUGGGACUCUUUUUUUAGAUUAACUUUUAUUCUUACUGGGUUUGAAGAGCUCGACACAAGUUUGUUUUUUAGACAGUCUCAAAUACUUUUCAAACUUGCAGCGAGUUGCAUGCAUUGCAUUACUGAAGAUGGAUCGAACUAUUUAUGUUUAUUCUUACAUGUAUUAGGUUUACAAAGUUAAAUGAGAAAAAUGAAAACAUAAUGAUACUGGUGGUAGGUGUUUAUGUUUAAUAGGGUUCAGUUUGCUGUGGCAAUUUAUUCACAGGUCCAAUUCAUUUUGUAACUGAGUGAUGAACCUUGUGCUUUUUGGAAGACUGCAAGAGGUGUUAUUGAAAUAAUUACAGAUAUUGCACAUCUUAGUGGGAAUCUUGUGUGUUUCUUUCUCUAUAAGCUGAAAGCCUUGUGCUUUUAUUAAAACCAUGAUUUA